AUGUGGGUCAGUGGUUCUCAAAGUGUGGCCUGGACAACUAGCGGCAUCAGGGUGGCAGAGGAACGUGUGAAUUCUGCCAGGAUGGGUCCUGCAGAUGAUUCUGAUGUGGGUUCAAGUUUGGGAAGCACCACUCCAGGCCCUGGCUACUCAGUGUGGUCCUCAGACCUGCAGCAUCAGCCUCACCGGGAACUGGGUGAGUGUGGGACCUGGGGUCAGCUUGCUAGGGCAGCUGGAGGGAGGUGCCCUGGCAGCCUGGACCGAACCCUAGAUGUGGAGCCCCACAGACAAGCAGCCACCAGCCAUGGGCAGGGGCCUCGGGCUGCACAACAGGUCACACAGCAAAUCAGCAGCAUUUGUCACUUCUCUGCAGAGCAUCAGCUUCCCGGGCCUCCACCCAGCUUAGCGGACUUUGGACUUGAAGCCGAGGGAAGGGAAGCAGGAAGGCCCAGGAAGGCUGUUCUGAGGCAUCUGGAGCCCUGUCAUGGUGAGUGAGGGUCUGGAAGCCCGGCAGGGGCCGGGGAGCGGCCUUCAGCCAAGUUUCUUUCCCAGGACCAAAUUAAUGAGUACAAGGAAUGCUUCUCCCUGUACGACAAGCAGCAGAGGGGGAAGAUAAAAGCCACUGACCUCCUGGUGGCGAUGAGGUGCCUGGGGGCCAGCCCAACGCCAGGGGAGGCACAGCAGCACCUGCAGACUCACGGCAUAGACAGAAAUGGAGAGCUGGAUUUCUCCACUUUCCUGACCAUUAUGCACAUGCAAAUAAAACAAGAGGACCCAAAGAAAGAAAUUCUUCUAGCCAUGUUGAUGGCGGACAAGGAGAAGAAAGGUUACAUCAUGGCGUCCGAGCUACGGUCAAAACUCAUGAAUCUGGGGGAGAAGCUCACCCACAAGGAAGUGGACGAUCUUUUCAGGGAAGCAAAUAUCGAACCAAAUGGCAAAGUGAAGUAUGAUGAAUUUAUUCAUAAGAUCACCCUUCCUGCACGGGACUACUGA